CUCACCGACUACCGUACUAUUACCACCGAGGAGUGUCACUGCCAAACCGGAGGAGUGUAUAUAUAUGUGUGUGUGUCCGGUGUGUGGCAUGAAGGAGAUAUCCUGACCCUAGAAAAUGACCACACACACUCUUUAAACUCCACUAAACAGCGAGGACAGCGGCGGUGAGUCGACGGUGCGGAGGAAACCGAGACUGCCUCUUACUGUCGGUGUGUCACUCCACUGUGAUGGUGUCGGGUAUGGCUCGGUCGUAGCGGACUGCUUCUUCUCGACCUGUGUUUUACUGCGUCAGUGAGCGUGAUGCGUUUCAACGAGAAGGAGCUGGUGUCUCUGAGCCGCCAGCCCUCGGAGAAGGCAGCUGAGUUGGGGAUGCGAGGACCGAAGAAAGGAGACGUUGUAAAGAAGAGGCUGGUGAAACUCGUCGUUAACUUCCUCUUCUAUUUCCGGACAGAUGAGGAAGAGCCAAUUGGAGCUUUGCUGCUGGAGCAGUGUCGGGUGGAGAGAGAGGACAGCCAGACCUUCUCUGUUACAUUUCUGGAUGAAGCAGAGAGGAAGUAUCUGUUUGAGUGUGAGUCUGAAGAGCAGUGUGGGGAGUGGAUGGACGCCAUUAUCAAGGCCAGUUACGAGUUCAUGAGGAAGAACCUGAUAUUCUAUCGCACUGAAAUCCACAGACUCACCGGCAAGGACCCAUUGGAGCAGUAUGGUAUAUCAGAUGAAACCCGCUUCCAGGUCAGCAACGGCCUGCAACUUAUGCCCAGAGAUACCUCCUCCCUGUAGACCCAGCGUCCUGUCUCCAGAUCUACUUUAUUUUCAUUUUAGUUCAACCUGCCAUUCCAACAUUCACUCCUCACUGGUUUGAAAACUAUUGCAUUAGCAUAAGCGCACACGCUUUUUAGAUCUGCUAUGCUCUGAAUGUAUUUAGUGUAGCUCCAGACUUAGAGAGAGGUUCUUAUGCAGAUGUUAUAGCGAGUAUCUGAGGCCAUGCAAAGUGAUUAUUUCUUUUAUGUCAUUGUCAAUCAUUACAGGUAACAUGGGGAUGUGGAAAACUCAACACUGUUUUAAUUACAUGCCAUUUUCUGUAUCAUUUUCAAACUUUGCCUUGGUUAAUUGGUUGUCAGUAUAAAACAUGUUUUCUACUAGACAUAAUAUAGACAAUGUGAUUGUUAGAGCCGCUAAUAGUACUUUUGCUGUAGAGCUGUGGCUGUGACUUCCUUUCAGGACUAUUAGUAAUAUGAGCAUGACUGUGUUUAACUAGAAUCAAUCCAGGACAGCUGAACAUUUGGUGUAAACCAAUGUUAAUCAAUUACAUACAGUCUGAAGAAGCUUACAACCUUUGGAAGUAUUUUCUGUCCUGAUUUGAACUGCAUGGGCCCUUUGAUCUGCUGAGUUGAGCCACUCAUUUUAACUCCAUUUUAUUUUCUGUGAAAAAAAUGUUUAGCUAUCUUAAUAUAUAUUCAUCAUCUAUCCCAUUUAGACUAUUUAGUUUUAAAAACUAUACUUUUGCACAUUUAUUACUGGUUGUUGAGGGUGUUUUUAUCAGAAUUUCAAGAAUCUACUUGAAUCUACUGUACCUUUUCUUUAAAUUUUUUUUUUUGCACUUUGAAUCAGAUUCCUUUGGGUAAGCCGUUGGACCAUGUUAGGAUACCAGGCUCUUGACAUGAUUAUUUUAAAUGUCACACAAACGUCUUUGUGAGUGUAACUACAACAGAGUUGGAGACAAUGGUUGCUCUCAACCUCAGUUUACUAUGUGGCAUUGUUGUAUCCUUGGUAAACUGUUUAUUUCAGUCAGGAGUCUACAGCUUAUAUAUAUUGUCAAUAGUCUACCCCCACAAACACAAUGUCACUGAAUGUGUCUUUAUUUCAGACUUUUGCACACGGAACAUGUUUAGUCUGUUUUUACUUCUUGUUCGAUUAUAUUUCACUGGCAUCUGUUUGGGUUUUUUUUACUAAUAAAGCCAUUUGAAAGAUA